UAAACAUUGGUGUAUGCAGUUUGGGAACAAUGGUGACUACAAGGGUAAGUUUGGCAUUUGUGGGGCUUUUUCUUGCCUUCAGUGCUGUGAGCAGUGUUCCUGCAGCCCCACCAAAUGCAAAAAAGACCUCUCAGGAUCCUCAGCUUCCCGGGACGCCCACUGUGCUGCCGCAGAAACCUGGCCAGGUUCAGAAAUGCCAAGUGCAAGACUAUGAAAGAAUUCCUUGUGGAGAACCUGGCAUCGUGGCUACUCGGUGUAACGCCAUAAACUGCUGUUUUGAUGGUCAACAGUGCUAUUAUGGGAAAACUGUGACUGUCCAGUGUACCAUUGAUGGCCAGUUUGUGCUGGUGGCAGCCAGAGAUACAACCCGUCCCAGGAUAAGCCUGGAGUCUAUCAGCCUGUUGGGAGGAAACAGUGGACCCUGUAGUCCUGUUGACUCAAAUGCAGCCUUUGCUAUUUACCAGUUUGCUGUGACUGCUUGUGGGACAACCAUGAUGGUAAAAGGUGGUUAUGUGGUCUAUGAAAACAGGAUGGUUUCUUCCUAUGAAGUUGGAGUUGGACCCCGAGGCUCAAUCACAAGAGACACUACUUAUGAGCUUUACUUCCAGUGUAAAUAUUCAGGCGUUAGCUUGGCUGCUUUGUCUAUUGAGCCUUCAGCCAAUGUUGAUCCUCUGCCCAUUGUUGCUUCUGGACCACUCCAAGUAGAACUAAGACUAGGAAAGGGGCUCUGUCUGACAAAGGGUUGUGUAGAAGAACAAAUAGCCUAUAACUCUUACUAUAGCACUACUGACUACCCUGUGACCAAGGUUCUGAGGGAACCGGUGUACGUUGAAGUGCGCAUUGUUGGAAGAACCGAUCCGAACAUUGUCCUGAGCUUAGGAAACUGCUGGGCAACUUCUUCCCCUAACCCCUACAGUCUUCCCCAGUGGGACCUUCUGGUGGCCGGGUGUCCCUACAAGGAUGACCGCUAUUUGACCAAGCUGAUCCCAGUUAGUGGAACGUCUGGACUUGCAUACCCUACCCAUUACAGACGCUUUGUCCUGAAGAUGUUCACGUUUGUGGACAAGACCUCUAUGGCUCCAUUGCAAGAGACGCUCUACAUCCACUGCAGUACAGCUGUGUGUCUUCCAAGUGUGCUGGACACUUGUGAACCAAUGUGCACCAGAACAAGAAGAGAUGUUUCUGCAGUGGAAGAAAGUGAUUCUCACUUCUCAGGAGUAGUGUCUAGUGGAGGUGUGAUCUUUACCCAAAGUUCCUCUCCUUUGUUUGCUUAAAGCUGCAAAAUAAAAGUAUUUGACCUUCAAA